AUGAAUCAAUUACCAACAGAAAUAUUAAAUAAAAUUAUUAUCUUUAAUAAAAAUAAUAUAAAAGAUCUAUUAUCUUUAAUAUUUGUUUCAAGAACAAUAUGUAUCCAUGCAAUACCAUUUCUAUGGGAUGAAUACUUUAAAUAUUCUGAUCAUUCAAAAACUCUGCAUAUUUUAUACAACGAAUUACCAGAAAAUGAACAAGAAUAUAUUAAAAAUAAUAGCCAAGAUAUAGUUGAUUAUGAUACUUCAUAUCCUAUGGAUUACAUGUUUGAAACUUGGAAAUAUCAUCAUUUUUCGAUUGAAUGGU